UCAAGCAUAUUUCCCAUUGUCAAUGGUCAUUCAUCGGAUUAUUUCCUGGAAACUGCGAAGCAUUUGACAGCUCUGUGUGUGGUAGCCUGGUAGUUCGUGUUGACACGCCACCCGGGUUCUGCAAACACCUUGUGCUUUGGCAUGUAAUUCAGAGUUGACUCCGGUGUCCCUGACUCCCGGCCCUGCACUUCUCCCAGUUUUCUCCCUUGUCAGUAUCAUCGAGCUCGAUCAAGGGCGUUCAUCCACAUAGUACUAGUUAGCAGCAUGGCGGAGCGUCUUGCUGCUGUGCCGGAGUUGAGCACGACCAGCUUCACGGUUCCGUCCCCGCCGCGCGGCUCGUACCGCGAUUUGAUCCGGAGCGUUGGUGUCUCUGGUGGGCUCGUAAGACCGUCUCCCUACUCCCAGUCUGGCCAUAGUGGGUCAUCAGGAAACUCCACUGCCUCAAGUUCCUACCUGUCCAACUCCGGCAUCUCCUCUCGUUCAGCCUCCGAUGCCACAACUGAUUUCGGAGCGAACGAGCUCACGGUGAUCACUCACCGGAUGUUCAGCGAUGGGUACAUCGAGCGCAUGGUCCAAGCAUUCGAAUCCGGCGGCGACCCGAGCCGUGAGCUAGAGAAGUGGCUAUUCGAGCUCGACGUGGAAUGGGUUCUCCAAGUACGCGAGGGCCAUGGCCCACGGCGGCAGCUCCAGUUCCUUUUCCAGGUCCAGCUCCCAUACAAGUCGGCAUCGUGGCUUCAAGAAUUGGUUGGGAGGUGGAUUCUAGCUUUCAUCAUAAUUCUUGUCAGCAUAGAAAAGGUGGCCUUCACCGUCCAGGACAUGCCGACGGUCGCACGGUUUGGCAAAGCGAGCAUCUCGGCGAUGCUUGUCUUUGUGGACGCCGUCAUCCCAGUUCUCAAGGAGGGCAAGUUACAGGCCAUGCUAGACAUGUAUGCCUGUGUCUCCCGUGCAUCAUACUACUUUACGACGCUCGUGGGCUCACCAGAAGCACACAGCAUUUUCAACGAGAUAGACGGCUUGUUGGAGAUACGAGGAAACAUGCUAAGCGAGGCCAUAUCCAGCACAAUGGAGGAGGUGAGGACACUCAUGGAGGACGACGACUCGUGGGCUAUUGAGCUCCCGAGAGGAGGAGGCGAUGUUCACCGGAAUACCCGGUGCAUGGUGGAUUACGUCGUGUCGAUGAAGAAAGCACGCGCAUCGACGCUGAACUCUGCACUGAGCCACGACCCCGUGUAUCUUGACGGGCUGAUAGAUGACACGAUGGAUUAUCUGAAGGAUCUGCUUCUGAGAAAAUCGGAACUGUUCUUGGAUCCAAGCCUCAGGUACCUGUUCCUGCUCAACAAUUCCUAUUUCGUAGCGCAAGUGGUGUCUGGGCCAUCGGCUGAAUGUGAAAAGUACAUGGAUAGCCAUCUCGAUGUUUCUUGGGGAAAUGCGGUGUCCAGCCUAUACUGCAAACCGAAAUCCAUUUUUGGUACCACACUGCUCUGCUGUUGGAAGUGGGACAACACCUCUUCAGUAGCUAAAUUCCAGUCAGCGUUUCACAAAACGUACCAGGCUCAACGAUUCUGGAAGGUCCCAGACCCUCAGCUCCGAUGCGCGCUGCGAAAAAUCAUCACCAAGAGGAUCGUUUCAGCUUACCGCAACUACCUGGAGGAGCAUCCAGAGCAACAGAAAUAUGUUAUUGACGGAAACAGCAGCCCAGAAUGUUUUGAGAAGUUGCUGACAGAGCUAUUUGAAGGAUGAAAACUGCUUGAGGCAUGGACGAGUAACAAAACGUAUACGGAGACCGGAAUUACUGUUUUGUCGUAGUAUUUGGAUUUUUUAAAGUAAAGUUAUAGUUUGAGUUUGAUAUUUCUUGCUUAAGCGCCAGGUACUUCAAGUGGCCAAUCCGUGUGGGUGUGUUAAAUGUUUUAAAGAGUAACAUGAUGUAUGAUGUGAUAUUUAAAUUUAUAUACAUCAAUUGCCAGUAUGGAAAGUUCAGUUAUCAUCUGAAGCUAUGUUUGUCCUCCAAUGCCUCAGUUUGCUGCUUGCCUGCUUUGUGGAUUUUCAAUGGUGCACCUGUAAAAUGUAGCACGGUUCAGCAGUGAUGGGGCCGAACAAUGCAUGAUGCAAUGUUCGUGGAUUUUGUGGUUUUACCUGUGCGUCCUGUUAUUUUGUUUGCUGACUGUCAUUUAGUG